CUGAUUUGGUUAUUUGCCAUUUCUGGGGAUUAAACUUUAAAAAAUGUUCUUCUUUUCUGUAUCUGAUGUUCUGUGUGCUAUUAGUGAUGCAGCCAACACGAACGGUUGUCAUGUGUAAAACAACUUUCGAUCACCGCGAAAACACCGCCCUGGGAAAGCGUCCAUGCUUGAUAUCGUUUGGUUCAUGAACAUUAAGUUUCCAGUACAGGUAAAAUCCCAGAUGAAGCCAAAGCCCUUUCUCUAUUGGCGCCUGCUCCUACUAUGACAAGCCUGAUGCCUGGUGCAGGGUUGCUUCCUAUACCUACACCAACCCCUUUGACUACACUCGGUGUUUCACUCGGCACUUUGGGGGCUAUACCAGCAGCAGCAUUGGACCCUAACAUUACGGCACUGGGAGAAAUACCACAACCACCAAUUAUGGGGAAUGUGGAUCCAUCCAAAAUUGAUGAAAUCAGGAGAACAGUCUAUGUUGGAAACUUGAAUUCCCAGACUACAACAGCAGAUCAGCUGCUUGAAUUCUUUAAGCAAGUUGGAGAAGUCAAAUUUGUGCGAAUGGCAGGUGAUGAGACGCAACCAACACGAUUUGCGUUUGUGGAAUUUGCAGACCAAAAUUCUGUACCUCGAGCUCUUGCCUUUAAUGGAGUUAUGUUUGGAGACAGGCCACUGAAAAUAAAUCACUCCAAUAACGCAAUAGUGAAGCCUCCUGAAAUGACACCACAAGCUGCUGCCAAGGAACUGGAAGAAGUGAUGAAGAGAGUAAGGGAGGCCCAGUCUUUCAUAUCUGCUGCUAUUGAGCCAGAGUCUGGAAAGAGCAGUGAAAGAAAAGGCGGUCGAUCUCGUUCCCAUUCUCGUUCAGAAUCCAGGUCUAGCUCAAAAUCCCGAUCUAGAAGGAAAAGAUCACACUCAAAACACAGAAGUAGAUCUGGCAACAGAUCACUAUCAAGACACAAGGACAGACGCAGAUCCAGAAGUCCCCUGAAAAAACGGUCUAGAUCUAGGGAAAGGCGGAAAUCAAGAAGUCGCUCUCGUUCUCGGGACAAGAAAAGAGACAAAGAAAAGAUCAAGGAAAAAGAAAAGGCCAAAGAAAAGGAGAAAGAGAGAGACCGAGACAAGGAGAAAGAGAGAGACCGAGACAGGGAAAAGGACAAGGAGAAGGACAGGGAGAGAGAUAAAGAGAGAAACAAAGAUCGCGAGAGAGUCAAAGACAGGGAUAGGGACAGGGAUAAGGACAAAGAUAGGGACAAGGACAGGGAAAAAGAGAAAGAUAAGGAGAAGGAAAAAGAGAGGGAAGAAGUAGACCAGAACAAGGAAAAAGAAGAUACUGAGAAAGAAGGAGAGAAGGACAGAGAGAAGAUUAAGGACAAGGAGGGAGAUAAGGACAAAGGAGGGGACAAAGAGAAGGACAGAGACAAAGAAAAAGAAAAAGAUGGGGAUAAGGAGAAGGAGCGAGAAAGAGAAAAAGAGAGAGAUGAUAAAAAGAAGAAAGAAAAGAGAUCCAGAACACCCCCAAGAAGCUAUAGCUCUUCAAGAAGAUCUCGUAGCUCCAGCAGAGAAAGGCGUAAAAGGAAGAGUAGAAGUCCCUCCAAGUCUCCUAAAACAUCCAAAACAACAAAAAGAAAGUCUUCACGAACUCCUUCUCCAAGAAGAAACAAGAAAGAAAAAAAAAGAGAAAGAGAUACAAACAAUGAAAGAAGAGAAAGAGAACGCUCCACCUCCAAGAAAAAAAGUAGUAAAGAAAAAGAGGGAAAGGAGAAAUCUGACAAAAGCACCACUACUUUGAAGGACAAAGAUCACACUAAAGAGGAUCAGAAUUCAGAAACUGACAAGGAAGUAGACAACAGAGAUACACAAAGGACAGAUGAAGUCAAACUACAACAGAAUGGGAACUGUCAACCAAAUGAAGAAAACCUCUCAAUUAAAAUGCAAGAGGUUUAAAGCAAAGAACGGACCUCUGCUUCAACUAAGGAAUGAAAUCCAAAGCCUCUAUUUCCCAGAAUGAGGAAGAAAAUGUUAAAGCAAUCAACCUGAACGUGUUGAUAGUACUAGUAGCUCUUCCAAUUCUUGUGAUAGCUUUUUUGUCUUCUUGCUGUAAAGCAAGAGAGCACGGACCAGUAGUUAUACCAUGAAAAGGCAGAUGCCAUCAGAACUAUUCAUGUCUGAAAAUCCAUGCAUUUCCAUGAUGGCUGUACUUAUUUGUAAAAUGAUUUAUGUUAAGUUUUGCCAUAAGCUGUUACAAAUAAGUAGAAACUGAAAGAUGUAAACCUGUACUACCCAAAAAAAGCUGAAGAUAUGCAUUGAAGGUUGUUUAAAAUACUGCUUGUUGAUGAAUUUUGUAUAGUUUUACCUUGUGGGUUAAAAAAUCCACAAAAACAAUGUGUACUGUUUGAUGUGCUUGGAAAUGGUGCAUAAAUAUACACACUUUCUUUUGUUGCAAAUGACAACUCUAGGAAAAGGGUUUUUAAACAUAAACACAGUUUUACGGUUCUUAUGCUAAAUACCCACUGACUAGUAUGUUUUUCAUUUGCUCACAGCUUGAGAUUCUUAGGUUUUAUUAUUUAAAAGAAUUUCUUACUAAUAUCCCUAAAAUUAGUAUUUCUUUUAAAGUAUUUGAACAAUGCAUGCUACUUUUCUGUUCCUAAAAGGAACAUUGCCAUGUUAUAGAUAAUAGGUUAGCUUAGUGGGUUAUUUUGGGGUUGUUUUGUUUUGUUGUUUUCUUUUGUCCUUCCAGAAGUGAGCACAUCUUUAUAUUAUCAGAACUUACAGCUUUGUUUUGAGCUGUACUGCAGUGUGUCUGUUCAGCUGCAAAUAGUACAGGUGCCAUUAUGAAAAUAAAUUUUUCUUAUUUGUUUAAAAAAAUAUGGGAGCACAAGCAGAAGCUUUAGUGCCUUCUUAAAAUGUGGUAUUUUCUAGAAAUUUAUAUGUGCUAUUACUCAUUUUCAGCUAAAUCUUACAUGAUCUCUAUUGCUAUUUUGCCACCACCAUACUGUAGACAAGAAUGCAAGUGAUUUGUCAGAAUUGUUAGUUGAUUCACUUGUUAAAAUACUAAAGCUCCAUUUUUACUUUUUAUUUUUAGAAGAGAUUUAUAGAUGAAAGCAAAGAUGCAAUUUGGGGACCACCACUGUACAAAAUAGUAGCGGAAUACAAAGCAUUUUCUGAUCACCUGCAUCAAAGACAGCCCUUUAGACAUGUAAUCUACAUUUGGAUGGCCUUAAUUGUUACCUCACCAUCAUCUUCUCUGAUACCUGAUAUAAAAGGAAUUGUAUGCAAAGAAGGGGGGAUAAAUAAUUUGGGGAAAAAAGUUCUAAUUUACACAGGAGUUAUAUGGUAGAGAUUCUUUUUUCAUUCUUUGGGGGAGAGAGCAUGUAAGAAGAGAAUGACAAAGCAAAUUAUUUUUGUCAAGGUAAAACAUGGCUUGUGUUCUCUGAACUAAUUUAAUCAGUUACAUGAGAUUUCUUAAGAGUCAUACCUUUAAAACUUAUACCUAAAAUCGAGUAGAUUAUUUUUAAUACAACUUAAUACAAUCAAAUGACUUAAUUGCCUUAUCUCAUGGGAAGAGUUAUUUCUCUCAGUUAAAAAAAAAACUUAAUAGCAUAUUAGCUAUUUGCUUUCAAUUUGUUUUUCUUUUCCUUUGCAUAGUUAAUUCUUCUGGGGGAAAAAAAAGCAUAUUACAGGGAAUGAAAAAUUUGCCCAAUUCCUAAAGUAAUGAAACCCAGUUUGAUUGUGAAGCUGCUUAAUCACUCUUCAUUUUCGAUAAGAUUUAAUGUUCUUGCCACUGUGUACAUUUAAGACUAUAGAAGAUGCUUUACCAUGUAAAGUAUAGACAGUCAUUUUUGUGAUGUUUAAGCCACAUGCUGUUGGCUGGUAAACAGCUUAUUCUGAUAAAAGAAUGACAAAUCUGUAUGCUUACAGGAAUACUGUGAAGGAUUGUGUCUUGCAACAACAGCUGUCUUAUUUAUGAUGUGUAAGUAGCAUAGAGCAAAGAGAUUGUUUGUAUACUUGUUAUCUUUGGUACCAUUUCACUAAUAAAAUUAAGUAUUUUAGAGGGAA